UUCGCCCUUCCAAGUUCCGGAGCGUGAGCGUCUGGGCUCCACGGAGGACCGGGGGCUUCGGUCCUAGGAUGCUAGAGUCAUUUCCUUCCGGCGGGGGUCAAAUCCUCAGGAAUCUGAGCCGUCUCGUCCAUCCACCUGCCCCAUCGGAGAACCGGCCACGCCGUCCCUCUCGGGUGCGGAAAGCCAACUUCCCCUGCCCGCGGGGAAGAUUCCCGGCUACCCCCCCGACCGAGGCAUCUGAGGGCAGGAGCCGCGCCAAACAUGCGGGAUAGACCAGUGGAGCGCGCUUUCUUCUGACUGCCUGUCCUCCCCACCCGGACCCAGACUCGGCGCCGCACACUCCCCCGGGGGGGCGGAAGGGGGGCGGCGGGGGACGGCGCAGUCACGCGCGCACCACACUUGCGCUCACAAGCGCGCAAGCCUCUCGCUCUCCGCCUCGCACACCUGCGCUCCGCCCCCUGGUCCCGGGUUGGCGGCUGGCGACUGGCGGAGGCAUUUGGGAACCCAGGGCAGCUGCGGCGGCGCCCCCCACCCCCAUCUCCAUCCCCUUCCCACAGCCGGAGUUGUCCCGAGCCAGCCGCCGCUCGCAACCAGCCCGCAUCCCUCUUCAUCCUUCCCUCCCCCCGCCUGCCGCGGCACCGGUAUCUGCAGCCGGAGCCCGGAGCCGGUGAGGUGGCGAAGGGGGGAGGGGGAGGAAGCAAGGGAUGAGCGCCGGGAGGGCGUCGGGGGCCCUGAGCCGGACUAGGACGUCCCUGGAGCCGGAACCCGAGCCGGAGCCGGAGCCAAAACCAAACCACCGGUACCGAGUGGGCCAGGUGGUGAGGAUGGGAGGAAGGGAAUAGGGUGGCGUCGUGCGGAAUACAGGCAGGGGAGGGGGCUGCCGAGGCCUGGCUCAGGCCCGCGCGGAGGAGGUGCGGACGCUGACUCAGGCGCGAUUCUUGCACCGGCCGCCUGAGAAUUCCGUCCCGUCUCGCUCUGCAGUGUCCUUGGGAGGGACGGAAGCGCAGGACAAGCUGGAAAGGGGAACGCUCUGGGCGUCGGGGAAGCAGGAUCAGGGUCGUGGAAGCGGGCUUGCGCAGCCGCCGUCUGGCACCCCUGCCCCGGACCAGCACCCCUGGCACGGACAGCUCCUUGGUUGGGUAGGGGGAGUGGGGCCGGACCUCAGAGGCUCCUCGGUUUCAGGUCCUGAGGACCGAAUUCCUAUCCCUCCCCCAGUCCCUAGCUGCAGCCCCCUAACCCCAGGAGGCGCCCUGGCCCGCGCUCGUCCCCCAGGGCCUCAUGUCGGAACCACAGCCUGACCUGGAGCCGCCCCAACAUGGGCUAUACAUGCUCUUCCUGCUUGUGCUGGUCUUCUUCCUCAUGGGCCUCGUAGGCUUCAUGAUCUGCCACGUGCUCAAGAAGAAGGGCUACCGCUGCCGCACGUCGAGGGGCUCGGAGCCUGACGAUGCCCAGCUCCAGCCCCCUGAGGACGAUGACAUGAAUGAAGACACAGUAGAGAGAAUUGUUCGCUGCAUCAUCCAAAAUGAAGCCAAUGCUGAGGCCUUGAAGGAGAUGCUGGGGGACAGUGAAGGAGAAGGGACAGUGCAGCUGUCCAGCGUGGAUGCUACCUCCAGCCUGCAGGAUGGAGCCCCUUCCCAUCAUCACACAGUGCAUCUGGGCUCUGCAGCCCCUUGCAUCCACUGCAGCCGCAACAAGAGGCCCCCACUUGUCCGUCAGGGACGCUCCAAGGAAGGAAAGAGCCGCCCUCGGCCUGGAGAGACUACCGUGUUCUCUGUAGGCAGGUUCCGGGUGACACACAUUGAGAAGCGCUAUGGGCUACAUGAGCAUCGUGAUGGCUCUCCCACGGACAGGAGCUGGGGGUCUGGUGGAGGGCAGGACACAGGGGGUAGUCAGGGGUCUGGGGGAGGGCAGCCCAGGGCAGGGAUAUCUACCAUUGAGAGUGUGCCCCCUGAGAGGCCACAGCCCCCAGCCCUCGCCAGUCCCCCAGUGCAGAACGGAGGACUCAGAGAUGGCAGCCUAGUCUCUUGUGCACUUGAGGGGAACCCUAGAGCCUCUCCAGAGCCACUGCGAGGGGCAGGAGGGAAGGGCCCAAGCCCAAGACUGGCCAGUCAAGAGGCAAUUGGACAGCCAAGCAAACUGGACACCUCAGAUCACCAGGUGUCCCCACCAUGGGGAGCAGGGGGUGUGUGAGGUGAGUCUGCCCCGGCCCCAAGUUGGAUAAUGUCAACCUCCCAUCCCCUACUUAGACUCCCUAAGCCCAUUAGCUUGCUGUACUCUGAGGGUUGGCCUUUGCUACAAAUUCUUUGGUCUAGUGGUGGGGAGUGGGCAUGUGUUCCAGGAGAUAGGGAAGGUCCUGCAGCCCUUGGGGAAAAGCUGAGACACAUCCUGAAUAGAAAGCAAAACUGUUACCCUUCCUCUCCUCCAAGCUUCCUUCUUCAUUGUGCUGAUGGACUACCAGCUGGCAGGGCCAGGGGGUGGGUGGGCAGGAAGGCCCUCCUCUCCACUGGACUGCACUGCUCCCCAGCUGAGGAACCAGCUCUACUUCCACCUGGAGUUGCAUGGUCUCAGGCUGGGGGACCUCGGGAGAAGUCUUCCCCAUUCCCACCCCUCAGUCUCUUUCAAUUCACCUGCCUGCCAACAGGCCGCCUGACCCCUUCCCCAUCACCUCACUCCAUUUGCUAGAGCGUGGAAGCUGGGAACAGGACCCUGCCCUCGGUGGGCCCUUAAAGCAAUAGCACCUUAGGCCCCCUGCCCUCUUGGCACAAGAGGCCCAGGCCCAGGCUUGGGCUUAGUGCCCUUUAUUCACUGUCAAUAAAUCCACUCAGACCAUUA